ACGCACAUCGGUAUCGAAUCGACGUGCUUCUUUUCGUGUGUAGCCGAAGCUUUAUUUUUUUUUUGCAUAAAAACAAACAAAAACAUACAAUUCUCAAAUAUACUCAAAUAAAAGAUUAUUACAAAACAAAAUACUAUUAUCUAUUCUUUUCACAUUUCUCGAAUCUAAUUGGAAUUGGAAAUUGUUGAUAAAUAUGUGCUCACGAGUAAGCGCCCUUUAGCGUCCACGCUGCCUUCACAAUGGCAACAACCAACGCAACCAAGGAAUCAUUUCGUGAGCGACAGAUAUCGGAACUCGAAGUGAUAAAGAGCAUAUUUGGAAAUGAUGUUGAAGAUUUACGUGACAGAAAUGCUGGUGGAGGAUGGAAGCCUCCAGAUAUACGGAUCCUCUUGACCCCGCUGCGAGAUUCCUCUGGCAAUGGGGAAGCUUAUGUUAGGACGAAAUUACGAAUCAUCUGCCCGGCGAAAUAUCCUAAAUUACCACCAAAAAUAUCGCUUGAAGAAACCAAGGGUAUCUCGGAUAGCCUUAUUGAUGAAUUGCUCAAGAUGUUGCACCAACAAUCCGUCGAACUCCGCGGUGAAGUUAUGAUAUUUGAGUUAGCACAAACUGUGCAGGCUUUCCUUCUGAAACAUAACAAACCACCGCGUGGAAGUUUCUACGAUGAAAUGGUUCAGGAAAAACAAAAACGAGAACAAGAAGAACUCCAUCAGAAAAUGCAAAAAGAAACACUCGAGCGACAGAACCGUUUGGAUGAAGUCGAACGACGCAAAGAAAUUUACAAAAGCGAAGCUCGAAGACGUGGUGAACCACGUCGCAGUAUGAGUGAAUCGAAUCGCAAUCAAUCGUCUUCGGAGAGUUCAGAAAACUCUUUGCCCUAUUUCCGUGGCUUGGCUUAUCCCAAUAAAUGUUUGGAUCAUCGAAGUUGCGAAACAUUGUACUUUCAGCGAGUUGGGCGACAAAUUAAACGUGGUUGUUGCCUGGGUCACUCGCCAAAAGGUUGUAUUGCUUAUACUGGCCUCGAUGUAGACAAUGGUCAAUUGCUCUUUAUAACCGAAUGGAACAUCAAGUACUCUCAACUUGAACAACGCUGUGCUGGGAGUUGUUUCUGGGGUGUGGAAACCAAAUGUGGUGGUCAUAAAAUUGACGAAAUGUGUUCGGCCAUUGAGAAGCAAGUCGCACAAUUGUCCCAGUUGAAUCAUAAGAAUCUUAUUCCUUACGAGUGUGUUUUGUGCAUGAAACGCAAAGAAGGCGUACAAGUGUAUCUUGCACAAGAUUUUGUUCUCGGAACUAGUGUCUAUAAUAUUUCUUCGUCUCUGGGAUGGUGUAUUGAUGGAGCGAGAAUGGUUACAAGAGGUGUUCUCGAUGCAUUAAUCUAUUUGCAUAACAAAGGCGUAUCGCAUAGUCAUUUAUUUGAUUCCACUGUGUUUAUGGAUAAUACAGGAACAAUACGAUGUACGGAUUUUUCAUUGGUUCCUAACCUCUUGGACUUGGUGGGAGGACAAAAAUCUUCAAAGGGAGAUUUGCCGGCUUUGGGAGCUUUAGUUGAAUCUCUGAUGCCCACUCUAACAUUUGAGAUGAGAGAUUUUAUUGACAAAUGCAAUUCGGAUCGUACACUUUCAGCUUCGGAACUUCUUGAGCAUCCCUUCCUUAGGUCAACUGUUUAUCAUGAUGAGAAAGAAAAUGCAGCUAUUCAUAAUACAGGAAAAAAUCAUGUGCCAAAACCAAAGGCACCUGAAACAAAUAAUAAACGUGACUUGUUGGCUGUGCCUUCGCACAAUGCUGAAAGAUCAGUUUUUACUAUUCCCACAUUGAUUACAAGUCAUUCACGUCUUAAAACUGAAUUUGAAGAGUUGAAAUAUUUGGGAAAAGGAGCAUUCGGAGAUGUUUUGAAGGUACGAAAUAUUCUCGAUAAUCGUGAGUAUGCUAUUAAACGUAUUCCACUGCCGGCAAGGAGUCGCCAAUUGUACAAAAAGAUGACACGGGAGGUUGAAUUGCUUUCGCGCUUAAAUCAUGAGAAUGUUGUGAGAUAUUUUAAUAGUUGGAUUGAGAGUGCAACUGAUGCUGAUAUGGAAGAAAUGGAUAAAAGUGUGUCUGGUGAUUGGUCAGCAAGUCUUGAAAGUACAAAACCUAAAGCGUCAAUUCAACCAUCAAUUCAGGAAAUGGACGAGAGUUCCUCUAGCAUUUGGAAAGGUUUUAUGCCAACAAUUGAUGAUGAUUCAGACAGUGAUGGCAUUGAAUUUGUUCAUUCAAAUGGAGAAGUUGCCGUCUACGAAGAAGAAUCCUCUGAUGAAACUGUUGAAAAAAGUGCUUCCCCUAGGCCAAUGGCUCAAGUAAUGUACAUUCAAAUGGAAUUUUGUGAAAAAUGUACCCUAAGAACGGCAAUUGAUGACAACUUGUAUGAAGAUACAGAUCGAUUGUGGCGAUUAUUUAGAGAAAUCGCUGAAGGCCUAUCCCAUAUCCAUCAACAAGGUAUGAUCCAUCGAGAUUUAAAACCUGUAAAUAUAUUUUUGGAUUCUCAUGAUCAAAUCAAAAUUGGUGACUUUGGUCUGGCGACUACAAGUUUCUUGGCUUUACAAGCUCAAGAACAUGUCACUCAUUCUCAUGCUCCAACCACUGAAGAAGGAACAGGCACCGGAAAAGUAGGUACAACACUCUAUGUUGCUCCAGAGCUAACAGGAAAUGCUUCCAAAUCUACCUAUGGCCAAAAAGUAGAUAUGUACACUUUAGGUAUCAUUCUUUUCGAAAUGAGUCAGCCACCAUUUGAAACUGGCAUGGAACGUGCUAAGACUAUUUUAUCACUGCGAACUCCAAGCAUUAUCAUCCCAGAAAGUAUGCUCAAGGAUCCAAAGUACGAGAAGACUAUACAAAUAAUUCGAUGGCUGCUUACCCAUGAACCAUGCCAACGACCCACCGCCGAAGAGCUAUUGGCCUCAGAUCUUGUACCACCAGCACAAUUAGAGGCAAAUGAACUUCAAGAAAUGCUGCGACAUGCUCUCGCCAAUCCUCAAAGUAAAGCCUAUAAGCAUUUAGUUGCCCGUUGUCUACAGCAAGAGAGUGACGAAGUACUUGAGCAUACCUAUCAUCUGGGAUUGGUUUCACUUAAUCCAGCAAUUGAAUUUGUUAAGUCAAAAGUUGUAAAUCUAUUUCGAAAACACGGAGCCAUCGAAGUGGAUACACCACUUCUCUCGCCAUUCUCCAAAAACACUAGCGUUUGGUUAAAUCCAGUUAAACUUAUGACACAUUCUGGUGGAGUUGUUGUAUUGCCAAGUGAUCUGAGAGUUCCCUUCGCCCGACACAUUGCCAUGAGCGGAGUGAAUAUGAUCCGACGAUACUCAGUCGAUAGGGUCUAUCGCGAAAAGAAAGUCUUCAACUUCCAUCCCAAACAGAAUUACGAGUGUGCAUUCGAUAUCAUAACGCCAAUGCCUGGAAAUCAUCUAAUCGAUGCGGAAAUUAUUUCCGUUGCCUAUGAGAUUACAAAUGAGAUUCCCCGUCUUAGGGAAAAGAACAUUUGCAUACGAAUGAAUCAUACUAGUUUGUUGCGAUCUAUUCUGAUCUUUUGCAAUGUGCCAAAGUCGAUGUACUCUGAGCUUUUUGGCAACAUACUUGAUUAUAUUGAAGGGCGUUUGUCAAAGUUCCAUUUCCAUUCAGCCGUUACUGCCAUUAUGGAGAAGUCGAAAACAAGUGCUAGUGCACUUAUAGAUCUGUUGCUGGCAGAUUUUAUUGUGAAUGGCCAAAGAAAUAAUGCUGAUGAAUCAGCUUUGAAAUCUUUGGUUCGUGGUAAAGGAGAAGCGUCUUCCUUGGCUAAAGGUGCCAUACGAGAUAUAGAAGCUAUUGUUAUGCUUGCAAAGAGUCUUGGUGUAACUUGUCCCAUUCAUGUGUGUGCCGGGUUGCCAAUAAGUUUUGAAAGAGCAUCUUCAGGAGGGAUUGUUUGGCAAAUGAUUGCUGAUUUAAAACCAAAUCGAUCUGCCCGCCCAUCUGUCCUAGCGGUGGGUGAACGUUAUGACACAAUGUUGAUUGAGUUUCAAAAACAAGCUCAAAGCUUCAAUGUUAACAUCCCGAAUCGUGGAAUAAGUGGUGCUGGUCUAUCAUUCUCCUUAGACAAGCUAGUCGCUGCAGUUGGAUCUGAGUUUGAUGAAGAAUGUCGAGCUAUUGAUGUUGGAGUUUGUGUAACUGGCUCUAGGCCACCUCUGAAGGAUGUCACAUAUAUUAUGCGAGUCUUAUGGUCUGCUGGUAUUCGUAGUGGAAUUGUAGAGGCAACUGGACCAGAAGAAGCUCAAGAUCUUGCAAAGGAACUUGGUGCAGUUCAUGUUAUUCUAGUGGCAGAGAAUGGUUCGCUUCGCGUACGUUCAUGGGAUCGUGAACGUUUCCAAGAACGUCAUGUAACCCAUGUUGAACUGGUUGAAUAUAUACAAAAACUCCUGCGUAACGAUAACAAUUCUUUAGACUAUACGACUCAGAGUUUCUCUGGACUCAGUAUGUCAGCCUCAACUACCAGUAUUAAGAACAGCGGAGCCAUUCUCAGUCAUCUGCCAAAAGUGCAAGUUACCUUCAUGACUCACGAAAAGAUGACUGCAAAUUUUCGACGACGUUAUGAGAAUCAUGUAACUCAACAAAUGACAACGACACUUUUGCAAUUUGGAAAAAAUGAAGAUUUUACCGUCCUUGUUGUGGAAUUACCAACAACAGCUAUAAAUGCCAUCGUCGGUGCUAUAAAUCCACGAGAAGUCACAAAGAAAGAGACUGAACUUGAACUGAAUAUUGUGAUAGAAAGAUUUCCUAAACAUAGACGCUAUAUAUCAACGAUUUUUGAUGAAAUAAUUGAUGUAUUGUCUGAAAAAAAUAACACUCCCAUUGUGGCCUUGUACAGCAUCAGCGAUUCAUAUUAUCGAGUGAUCAUUUAAUUUAAUCUCUCAAGCAACGAAAUGUUAAACUGAAAGUUAUCGUGUCGUUUGAAAUUAAUUUCUUUAUUUUCUUUUAUAAUUUUGGUAAUCUCUCCCUCGCGUCAAUGUAAUUUGUAAGAUUAAAAUUAUUUAAUAUUGUAUGUUUCCUUAUUUUUUUGUAUGCUCGAAGUAAUUUUAAAGUACCUAUUCCCUUCUUUAAGAUUAACAAAAUGAAAGUUCAAAACUUAAAAAAAAAGUGAAUAAUUGUAAUAAUUAUACUUUUAAAUCCUUGAUAUAUGAGUAUUUUGUCAUUUAUUUUUUGCAUUAUUUUUGUUACCACAAAACA